AUGAGACGUCUUUGGUGGGUGCAAGUCGUAUUGUUGGACGUGAAAGUAAUAAGAAUAAAUUGCUUCAGAAGCUGUUGGGGGGGUAAAGAUGAAUCCCGGAGUCAAAACUUCAGCAUCGUGCCCAUCGUUGGUAUGGGUGGAGUUGGUAAAACAACUCUAGCUAGAAUGUUGUAUGACGAAAAGGAAGUGAAUGAUCACUUUGAAAUCAAGGCUUGGGUUUGUGUUUCUGAUGAGUUCAGUAUCCCCAACAUAAGCAGAGUUAUCUAUCAAUCUGUAACCGGGGAAAACAAGGAAUUUGCAGAUUUAAAUCUGCUUCAAGAAGCUCUUAAAGAGAAACUUCAGAACAAACUAUUUCUAAUAGUUUUAGAUGAUGUAUGGUCUGAAAGCUAUAAUGAUUGGGAGAAAUUAGUGGGCCCAUUUCUUGUAGGGUCUCCUGGAAGUAGAAUUAUCAUGACAACUCGGAAGGAGCAAUUGCUCAGAAAGCUGGGUUUCUCUCAUCAUGAUUGUUUGCAGGGUCUGUCACAUGACGAUGCAUUGUCAUUAUUUGCUCAACAUGCAUUGGGUGUAGAUAACUUUGAUUCACAUCCAACACUUGGACCAUAUGGUGAAGGGUUUGUGAAAAAAUGUGAUGGCUUGCCUUUGGCUUUACAAACACUUGGGAGGUUAUUGAGGACAAAAACAGAUGAGGAAGAAUGGAAGGAGCUGUUGGGUAGUGAAAUAUGGAGGUUGGAAAAUGGAGAUGAUAUUCUUCCGGCUCUUAGACUAAGCUAUCUUGAUCUUUCUGCCUCUUUGAAGCUGUUGUUUGCAUAUUGCUCCUUGUUCCCCAAGGACUAUGUGUUCGACAAGGAGGAGUUGAUUCUGUUGUGGAUGGCAGAAGGGUUUUUGCAACACUCUACUACAAGCAAGUCCAUGGAACGCUUGGGACUCGAAUAUUUUGAAGAGUUGUUGUCGAGGUUAGACAUUGGGAUGAAGAAGGAAUCUAGGAAGGAAUCUUUGGAAAUUCACCGCCAUAUGUCAUUUGUUUGUGAGAAUUACAUGAGUAACAAAAGGUUCGAGCCAUUCAAGGGAGCUAAAAGUUUAAGAACAUUCUUAGCGUUAUCUGUUGGGGUGGUAGAAAGUUGGGAUGUAUUUUACUUAUCAAAUAAGGUCCUGAAUGACUUACUUCAUGAGUUACCAUUGUUAAGGGUCCUAAGUUUGAGUAAUCUUAACAUAUGGUGGGUACCUGAGUUCAUUGGUAGUUUGAAGCACUUGCGGUAUCUUAAUUUAUCUCGAACUUGGAUCACACAUUUACCGGAAAAUGUCUGCAAUCUUUAUAAUUUACAGACACUGAAUGUUUCUUGCUGUCAUAAAUUAAUUAAGUUACCAAAAAGCUUCUCAAAGCUUCAAAAUCUACAGCAUUUUGACUGUAGGGAUACUCCACUUUUGAAGAAGAUGCCCUUAGGGAUUGGUGAGUUGAAAAGCCUACAAACUCUCACCAAGAUCAUUGUUGGAGUGGAAAACCGUUUUGCAUUAACAGACCUUAGAAAAUUGAAAAAUCUCCAUGGGAAAGUUUCCAUUCUGGAGCUUGGCAAAGUGCAAAAUGCAAUGAACGCACGUGAGGCGAACUUAUUGCAAAAUCGAUUCAGUGAGUUAGAGUUGGAUUGGCUUGAUAUCAGGUUUUAUAGGGGUAUAGAGUUUCCAAAUUGGGUUGGGGAUCCCUUGUUUCUUCGGUUGACUCAUGUGUCAAUACGUAACUGUGUAGCAUGCACAUCACUACCAUCACUCGGGCAACUACCAUCACUUAAGGAGUUGGUUAUUGAAGGCAUGGAUGAGGUGAAAGUUGUGGGUUUGGAGUAUCUUGGGACUUCUGAUCUUGCAUUCCCUUCACUUGAAAUUCUACGUUUUGUUGAUAUGAAGGGGUGGGAGGUAUGGUCAGCAGAAAGUGGUGGGGUUGGACAUGCAACGUUUCCCUGCCUUCAAGAGCUUACUAUACAAAGUUGUCCUAAUCUACUUCAAGUAUCACUUGGAGUACUAUCUUCACUGAGAGUUCUAUACCUAACAAAAUGUGGUCAUGGUGUGUUGACAAGUCUGGUUCAUGUAGCUUCAUCUAUCACAAAGUUGGAAAUAUCUGGCAUUUCAGGGCUUACUGAUGAACUUUGGAGAGGUGUUACAGAGUAUCUUGGGGCAGUUGAAGAAGUAAGCAUCAGAGGGUGUGAUGAAAUAAGAUACUUGUGGGAAUCUGAAUCAGAGGCAAGUAAGGUUCUUGUGAAUUUAAGGACAUUGCAUGUAUCGUCUUGUUCAAAUUUGGUGAGUUUAGGAGAGAAAGAGGAGGAUAAUUGUGGGAGCUACCUAGCAUCUCUUAGGACAUUACUUGUAUACUAUUGUAACAGCUUAGAGCAUUGCAAUUUUCCAGAUAGUGUGGAGGAUUUGCAUAUUCGGUAUUGUGAUUCAAUUACAUUUGUCUCCUUCCUAACAGGAAGGGGGCAGAAGCUCAAGACACUUUCCAUUGCUGGUUGUAAGGAACUACCGGAAAAUGAGUUGGGAGGAGGAGAGAAGACUAAGGUGCUUGAAUUGAGUUGCUUCAUUAACCUCACCAGAUUGACAAUAGAAGAAUGUCCAAAUAUGGAGUCAUUUCCUGACCUUGAGUUACCGAAUCUCACCUCGUUAACAGAUCUGACAAUUCAAAAGUGUACAAGUAUGGAUGCAUCCUUUCCUCGUGGGCUUUGGCCUCCGAAAUUGUGUCGGCUUGAAAUAGGAGGGUUGAAGAAACCCAUCUCAGAGUGGGGCCCACAGAAUUUCCCAACCUCACUUGUUGACCUAAGAUUAUAUGGAUUAGUAGAGGAGGAUCUUAUUGGCCCUACAUCUCCCUUAUCCCCUGCUUCAACAUACACUAGUAAUUACAACUUUAUUGUGAAGCCAAGCAAUAAAAGAUGAAAGGUCAGUGGACGCAAUGAAUUCUGAAAUGAAAGCAUCGAAGGAAAUAAAAGAUCAGAAAUUGAUGGUUUUCAAAGGAAGACUUUUAUAUGGUGCUACUUCUGUCUACAAGACUUGAUUAAACCCAAAGAGGAAGAGAAGUUCUUGUUUUCAUCAAGAGACAUUGAAAACAUAGCAAAAACAGAGAACUUCAUCUGCUGUUCCACGAAGUUAAAAAUAGAGUCCAUGUAACUUUUGACUUUCAUUGAAUGAUGUAUAAAUUUAG